AUGGACAACAUAGAAGGAGUUUUAAACACAGUACAAGUGGUCUUGAUAGGUAUGACGAUCGCCAAUUUCCUUCAAAACACUGGUCGUCUUUCACCAGCCAUAAAGGUGUGUGAGGAAUGCUUGAUUUUACUAAACAGUCAGGCGCUCGAUAAGGAUGGUCCAAUUACCGACUCAAUUCUCGUUAAGAGAAUCUACACCAUAAUGGCCAAAGCAAAAGAAAAAUUCGUCAGGGAACUCCUUCUCCUGCACCAGGACUCUGACGACACCUUCCUACAGGGAAGGUUGAAUAUGUUACUGGCAACUACACUUCAAGAUCAAUCGAAGUUUGCGGAGGCCAGAGAAAUUUAUGAGAGAGCAAUAAAAAUUAUGAAAACAAAUGACGACAAAAUAGGAAAAGCAAUUUGUUACGGAAACUUAGCAACAUUACUCUAUUCCUUUAGAGAAUAUGACAAAUGUAAAAAAUAUCUGGAGAAGGCCCUUGCGAUCAAAACCCAAAUUGGUGACAGAGUCGGAGAAGCAAUGUAUUACAGAGAACUAGGAAAAGUGUCCCAAUUGCUUGGUAACUAUGAUAAGGCACAAGAAUAUUACAUGAAAGCACUUACCAUCAGAACGCAAAUUGGUGACAAAGAGGGAGAAGCAGUAGUUUACAGAAACCUAGGAACCGUAUUCCAAUCGCUUGGAACAGUGUUCCAAUCGCUCGGUAAUGAUGCCCAGGCGCAAGAAUAUCACGAGAAAGCACUUGCUAUCAGUCUGGAAAUUGGUGACAGAAAAGGAGAAGCAGCGAGUUAUGGAAACUUAGGAACAGUGUUCCAAUCGCUCGGAACAGUGUUCCAAUCGCUCGGUAAUUAUGCCCAGGCGCAAGAAAAUCACGAGAAAGCACUUGCUAUCAGUUUGGAAAUUGGUGACGGAAACGGACAAGGAAGGGAUUACGGAAACCUAGGAAGAGUGUUCCAAUCGCUCGGUAAUUAUGCCCAGGCGCAAGAAUAUCACGAGAAAGCACUUGCUAUCAGUCUGGAAACUUCUGACAGAAAAGGAGAAGUAGCGAGUUAUGGAAACUUAGGAAGAGUGUUCCAAUCGCUCGGUUAUUAUGCCCAGGCGCAAGAAUAUCACGAGAAAGCACUUGCUAUCAGUCUGGAAAUUGGUGACAGAAAAGGAGAAGCAGCGAGUUAUGAAAACUUAGGAACAGUGUUCCAAUCGCUUGGUAAUUAUGAUCAGGCGCAGGAAUAUCAGGAGAGAGCACUUGCUAUCAGUCUGGAAAUUGGUGACAGAAAAGGAGAAGCAGCGAGUUAUGGAAACUUAGGAACAGUGUUCCAAUCGCUUGGUAAUUAUGAUCAGGCGCAAAAAUAUCACGAGAAAGCACUUGCUAUCAAUCUGGAACUUUGCGACAGAAAUGGAAAAAAAAAUUGUUAUAUAAACCUAGGAGCUUUGUUUCUGUCACUCGGGAAAUACCCUAGAGCAGAUAAAUAUCUAGUGCAAGCACUGGCAAUAGCAAAGGAAAUUGGCGACAAACAUGGAGAAGCGGUAGUUUACGGUAAUUUGGGGAUAAUUUCUCGUCGUCUUCGUGAUUAUGAAAAGGCCCAAGAAUAUUACGAGAAAGCCCUUGCGAUCUUUGAGGAAAUUGGCUACAGAGAUGGAGAAGCAGUCGAGUACUUAAAUUUGGGGGCAUGUUUCCAAUCGCUUGGCAUGUAUAACGCGGCCGAAAAAUGCAUCAAGAGGGCCUUAUUAAUAAGCAAGAAUAUUGGACACAACUUGAGUGAAUUCAAGUGCCUUUGUCAACUAACGCUGUUGAAGCUAUCACAAUUUAAUUUCAAAGAAGCCAUGUCAUAUCUUUUUCAGUGUAUUGGAAAAUUCGACACUUUGCGAGGUUUCCUUAAAGAUAACGAUCACUUUAAGACUUCUCUUCUAGAGGAGCACGGCAAUUUUCCAUACAAGUUGCUCAGCAAGUUGCUUUCUUCUACCGGCGAGCCAAGAGAUGCUCUUUAUGUUGAGGAGCUGAGACGGGCAAGAGGCCUCGCCGACUUCAUGGCAGCCAAGUACUCUGUUCAAGAGCUGAUCUCAGGAAAUCCACAGUCAUGGCAUGGCAUUCAAAAUAUCAUCCCAAAAGAAACGGACUGUACAUGUCUUUAUAUUUCAGUUGAAAAAGAACAUGCACGGUACUGGAUUCUGGAAGCAUCAGGAGCCAUUCAUUUCUCUCGAAAGAAAGUGAGUCUGGAGAAACACGUGGUGACCCAAUUAGUUCCUGAUUUGGAUGAGUUUUUCACAAAAAGCUUUCGCAGUCUUGGCAUUUUACCCCAACAGAAUUGCGAAGACCGAUCAUUAGAUGACACCGAAUCGAUGCCCCCUCAUUAUGACAAUCGCGGGCUCAUGCGUGAUUAUGAUCCCAAAGAUUUCAAAAUUAAUCUUCAGUCGUGUUACGAGAUAAUCAUCGCUCCCAUGGCCAAUUUACUGAAAGAGCCCGAGAUCGUAAUUGUCCCUGAAUCCUGCAUGUACCAAGUCCCAUUUGCAGCCAUCAGUGAUGAAGGAGGAAAAUAUUUAGCAGAUACUUUCAGGAUCCGCGUCGUUCCCUCUCUAACGACUCUAAAGCUAAUUCAGGACAGUUCCCCAGACUAUCACAGUCAGAGAGGAGCACUGAUAGUGGGUGAUCCUGAGGUUGGCGAGGUGCUUUUGAAAGGAAGAUGCAGGAUCAUAGCAUCGUUGCCAUGCGCACGAAAGGAAGCAGAAAUGAUUGGACGACUUCUUGGAGCGACACCUCUGACUGGAGACCGCGCAACAAAGGAGGCAGUUCUUGACGCAAUAAAUUCAGUAAGUCUGAUUCACUUUGCUGCCCAUGGUGAUGCCGAAAGAGGGGAGAUUGCUCUUUCUCCUAAUUGCCCCACCAACUUCAUUCCACAAGACGAAAACUACCUUUUGACGAUGGCGGACAUUUCAAAACUUCGGCUGCGAGCUAAACUGGUAGUACUUAGCUGUUGUCACAGUGCACGUGGGCAGAUUAAAGCCGAGGGAAUCAUUGGAAUCGCUCGAGCGUUCUUAGGAUCUGGUGCUCGUUCAGUGUUAGCGGCACGGUGGGCCAUAGAAGACACAGCCACGGAGGAAUUCAUGAGAUGUUUCUACCAAAACUUGUUCCGCGGCAAAAGUGCAAGUGAAUCCCUUCACGAGGCCAGGAAAUGGUUGAGAGAGCACGGCUUCGAAAAAGUUUCUCAAUGGGCUCCGUUCAUGCUUAUGGGCGAUAACGUGACAUUUGAUUUUGAAAAUUGGCCGGUGUCUGAAACAUCCAAACAGCCAUGA